CACAGUAGGAAACUCAUUUUUUUAUAGCUUUCCCUGAUGUCAUUGGUGCAGUGGAUUGCACCCAUAUCUGUAUCAAACACCCCGCAGGGGCACAUGAGAGAGAUUGUUAACAGGAAAUCUUUCCACAGUAUCAGCGUUCAGAUGAUCUGUGAUGCUAACUGCCUUAUCACAAAUUUAGAGGUAAUGUGGCCUGGCUCGGUCCAUGACUCAAGAGCCUUUCGGGCCAAUAGAAUUUACCAGAGACUCUCACUAGGUGAGUUCUCUGGUGUGCUGCUAGGAGACAAAGGUUAUGCCUGUGAGACGUUCCUGUUGACCCAUGCCACAACCGUGCCCAUGUCAGAAUGAGGGCUCAAAUCGAAAUGACCUUCGGCCUCCUGAAAUCACGAUUUCAGUGCCUGCACCACCUGAGGGUCUCCCCAGACAGGGCCUGUGACGUGACUGUUGCCUGCACAGUGCGGCACAAUAUUGCCAGCCUAAGAAAAGAAAGGGCUCCCAGAGUUGCUUUGGAUAUUGACUGGGACAAUGCUGCCAUCUUCCCAGAUAACAUAAAUGGUAGACUGGUCAGAGAACAAUAUAAAUUAUUUCAGUUAAUUUUGUUUUGCCUAUCCUUUAAUAAAG